AUGGAUAUGCCGACAUCCAUCGUGCCACCAGCUGGUGGAAAACGCAGGGCUCCCAAGGCUCGGACAAUGACUGCGAAAGACUGGAAGAAGUAUGAAGAUCGACUCAAGCAGUUGUAUGCUGAAGAAGGCAAAUCUUAUAAGGAACUGGUGGUAAUCAUGAACCAUGAGACCGGGCGCUGUUUAACGUGACCUACUUUCUGUCGCCGUUUUCAUAGUACAUGUCUAAUUUUACCCAGCGAGCGACAGCUCAAAGUCAAAGUUCAGAAGAUGAAGCUCGAGCGAAAUUCAAAGCCAGGAGACCGAAGGGCAGUUAUUCGUCAUAUCCAACAUCGCAUGAUCAUCAACAAAAACUGUAGCCGUGUACGGAUCCGAGGCCACGAGAUUAGUGCAGAAAAGUUGGGUCGUUGGUUUAAGGAUUUUGCCCCUCAAUUCUCAUUCAUGCCCGCAAGAUCACCGUCGCGUAAGUUUGCAUCAAUUUUCUUCCUUCUCAUAAAAAGUCUUUUACACAUAUUCCUUUGGUUUAGCUCAAGAUGACCGCUUCUGAUCUCAUCAUUCCUCCCGUUCGAUCUUUCAACACAGAAUUUACUCUGACAAAUGACAGCUCUGCCAAGUUGCAUAAGCAUGUAUACCUCUUCUCAAUUUGGCUCCCCGGGAUUGACUAAUACACGACUGCUGGCUGGUCUUCCUACUACCGGUUUGAUCAAACCAAACGACGAAAGUAGCGCGGUUAUUGAGAGACUCCUCAAGUACGCUGGGACUCCAACCAAUGCAAUUCAGAACUUCGAAGCCCGCUCUGUGUUUAACGACCUUCAAACAAUCCUUCCUGACGACCAUAAUCACGAAAAAAUACGCAGCUAUUGGCAAAUGUCUCUUAGCUUGUGGAAUCCCAGGGUUGAAGAUGACCUUAUGCGGGUGAGAAAUAUGAUGAAUAUGAAUCUGGGGGCUAUUAAGAUUGAUAGUGAGAAUUGUCAUUUGUUAGAUUCCAGCAAUAAUUUGCCAAGGAAUGCAGCAACUCAAACGAUCCCCAGCACUUCUUCCUCGAUAGCUUAUUCGAAGUUUAAGACUCCAAGAAGAUAUCACAGGCACGCAGCUUGGAUAACACCCUAUGGAAGAGUCGAAACGUCUUUUUGGACAAUUCUGGACAAUUACAAUACAGAAAUCGCUGGAAAGGCUUACCCGAAAGAGUUUUCCGCAGCCAGGAUAGUUGUGUUACCAUCUCAAGCCCGAAGCCGGGUGGUGGUUGACUUUACUCCCGGCCUGGACCCCUGGGCCAAAAUAAUUUAUCAGGCCACGAUUCCGAGAGGUUCACGAGUGUUUCAAAUUAUUGAAAGUGGUAAUCUCCAUCGACUAAUGGAAGUCAUCCAGGAAGGAACUGCAUCUCUGACGGACCGUGACGAGGACGGGUGCUCACUCUUGAAUGUAAGUUAUCUCUGAGGUGGCAGCCACCAAGACAAGAGCUGAUCUAUAAGAAGUAUGCUAUGAAUUAUUCUCAUCCAGGUUUAUGCAGAUAUCUUGUUGAAAAAGGUGCAGACGUUAAUGCAGUUGAGUGCGAUAUACGUUUUGUGGAUCGUGUGGGGUAAGCUUGCCUUACAGAUAAUUAGUUUCUCGAAAGCCACUACUUCUACUUAUCCGUAUAUGUAUCAUAAAUAUUGCUCGAGUAUUUACUGACACCAAAGACUCUGCAGCCCAGUUCACGCAAAGUCGGGAUUUACGAUAAGCCAAGUAAAUGAGGAAAGGCGUGUAAGAGCAGUUCAAUGUACAAAUAUUUGCUAUACGAAUUCCGCAGACCCAUCGAUUCAAAGCUACGGGGGAGCUGGAGUAUGGGAUGAUUCUUUAGUUAGGUACAUUAUCGAUGGCUCAUUGGUCAGUAAUUUACAUGUUUCAUGUGUUUCAGAUCUAACAAAUAUCAGGAGGAUUUAAGACACGUUCUAGACUAUGGGAGGGUUUUCCUAGACCUUAAAAAGUCCCGUUAUAUCCAUAAGAUUGCCGACUGCUGUGGUUAUGCCUAUUCGGAUGCCCUCAGUAUAGUUGACAAAGCCAUUACUCUCAUAAAGCGAGGUAUCGACAUCUCAUCCCGCAUUAAUGGCGGUGAUACUGUUCUGCACACCAUUCUUCGUUGUGAGCGUGAGCACGAACAAUACUCAAGAAAUAAAGCAUGGAGGUCAGGGGGUCUAUGGGCUUGGGAAGUCUCGCUCAAAGCACCCAAAGACCUGAUCAUGGCUUGUAUAUCCGCUGGGGCGGAUGUAUACGUAAAGAACGACGCCGGCGAGACUCCUUCAAUGAUAGCGCAAGCGUAUGGGAGAGUCAAGGAAUGGUCUGAAGCUCUCACUGAAUGCGGCUUUUAUGCUCCUAGUGUCCUGGGAUAUUCUGACUCAAAAAGUUCUAGUGAGGAGUUUGUCUAUGAACGACAAAAAUCGAAACUCUCCUUUGAUGAAUUUUGUCGAAAAAGGGAGCGAGAACCUCAAAUCAAAGAAGGCCGGGAUCCUAGCUAUAAUGAUCAACUUUGGUGAUUGGGGAUGGGACUGGUGAUGAAGAUAGUGGUGACGAAUCUUGUGAAGAUGAUGAGCUUUGGGAAAUUGACGAUGGAUGGGACUAGCGAUGAAGGCAGUGGUGACGAAUCUUCUGGAGAUGUUGGAUGCUCAACAUCCAACGAAGAACCUACGGCAGAAGACGCCACGGUGCUCUCCAACAACCACGACGACACUGAGUUAAAUGUCUCUACGGAAGAAAUGGACCAAGAUUCCGCUCUCUCUGGUUUCAAAAACGCUGAGGAUAUGUCAAGUGAAACAUUUACGACAGGAAUAGAUCUUGGAACUGGAUCGUUUACAGAUGGCAUGGAUUUUGGCUAUGAUGAUUUGGCGGCGUCUCAGCCAGAUUUCUUGGGGGCUUCCUUUGAUUUUGACGCUUAUUUGAAUGAGAUGAUGUAA